GGUAAAAAAGUAGAAAAAUUGCAAGAGCAGAGUGAGGAAGGUUCAUUUCUUUUUAUACAAAUUUUUACAAACCAAAAAAAAUUAUAGAAAUUUUAUAUAUUUAAAAAAUAUUAAUAUUUCAUAUAAAAUAUAUUUAAAGUUAUUUAAUUUAAAUAGUUUUGAAAAUUGUUCAAUAGCACUACAUUUAAGAAAAGGAAUGAAUUUUUAAAGUUGCACAAUACAAAAAAAGAAAGAAAAAAAGGAAAAAAAGAAAAAAAGUUCAAAAGAAAUCCAAAUUUAACCAAUGAUUUUUGUUAAAUGAGCCCCCAGAAGAAAAAAUAAAUAUAAAAUAUUAAAAUCACACAAAAAAUUAGCAUAUUUAUGUUAAAAAGUUCUUAUUAAUAUUUAACAACCUAUAUAGUAAAAUUAAUUUUAAGUUAAAAAAAAAGAAAUAUUAAAAUUAAUAAGAAGAAAUCGACCUUUAUAAAAUAAGAAGAAAAAGAAUCUAUAAUUAAAAAGGUUCCUAUUUGAUCUCAAAGUAAUUUAAAUUCACACGCAUAUUACGUUUGCUUUGGGGAAAAAUCAAUGGAUGAUUUAACCCCUUUAACCACUCUACAGGUUAGAAAUUGAACAAAAGAAGAGAAGGAAAUGUGUGAAUUUUUCUGCAAAAAUCACGAAUAAAGAAAGAAAAAUUUUGAUAUUUUUUGAAAUUAAAAAGAAAUUGGCUAAAAAUUAAUUUGCAAAUAGAGAACACAUUUUAUUUUUCUUGAAUAAUUUUGUGUCUUUGGAAUCAAAACGAAAGAACCUGAGGCUGUUUUUUAAAUUUUUUUUUUUUGCAAUUUUUUGCUAAGUAAUUAAUUUUUUUAUUUAAAAUUUAUUACCAAUUUAAGAAUAAAAUAUAAUCUUAUAUACUUAUAACUACGUAACUGCUCACAUCAAAAAAAGAAAUACGAGUUUAUUGGAACAUUUCAAGGCUAAAUUUGUCAUCAAAUUUUGAGAUUUUUGUCUACGUUUGUCGAAAUAUCAUCUUUUAUUUUAAUUUCGAAGUGGGAAGAAAAUGAACACAGAACGACAACCGUUACUGCGUUCAUCGGAUGUUGAUUUUGAACAAGGUCAUAGCAUUCCACCAAGACCCGACAUACGUAAUUCACCAGACAAUGGAUUGGUUGAUGUUCAAAGCGAUGAUAGCAUUGCAUCAACAUCAAAUGAUAGUAUUCAUAAAUCCGAUUAUAAUCCAUCGAUGCAUAGAACAUUAGAGCAUCCAACAUCGAAUCUUGAUACAAUGAUUCAUUUAUUAAAAGGUAAUAUUGGUACUGGAAUACUGGCGAUGCCAGAUGCAUUUAAAAAUGCUGGUCUUUAUGUUGGUUUAUUUGGUACUUUAAUAAUGGGUGCUAUCUGUACACAUUGUAUGCAUAUGUUAGUUAAUUGUUCACAUGAACUAUGUAGAAGAAUACAAGCACCAUCAUUGACAUUUUCUGAAGUUGCCUAUACAUGCUUUGAAACUGGUCCAAAAACUUUAAAUCGUUAUUCAAAUUUAGCAAGAUCAGCUGUAAAUACAUUUCUCUUUGUAACGCAAAUUGGUUUUUGUUGUGUUUAUUUCGUAUUUGUUGCUUUAAAUAUACAAGAAGUUGUUGCACAUUAUUUUGUUAAAAUUGAUGUACGAAUUUAUUUAUUAAUUAUGCUAUUUCCAAUGAUUGCAUUAAAUUUAGUUCGAAACUUAAAGUACCUGACACCAGUAUCAUUUGCGGCUUCAUUAUUAACAAUAUUUGGUUUAGUUAUAACAUUUUUAUAUAUGUUAAAAGAUUUACCAAGAGCUGACACAGUUAAACCUAUUGGUACAUGGGCAACUUUACCAUUAUAUUUUGGUACAGCAAUAUAUGCUUUUGAAGGAAUUGGAGUUAUUUUACCAUUAGAAAAUAAUAUGAAAACACCUGAAGAUUUUGGUGGUUGGACUGGUGUAUUAAAUACCGGUAUGGUUAUUGUAGCAUGUUUAUAUACAUCGGUAGGAUUUUUUGGUUAUUUAAAAUAUGGUGAAAAUGUUAGAGGAAGUAUUACUUUAAAUCUUCCACCAAAUGAAAUAUUUUCUCAAUCGGUCAGAGUUAUGAUGGCUGUAGCAAUAUUUUUAUCAUAUACAUUACAAUUUUAUGUACCAGUUAAUAUAAUUAGCCCAUAUGUUCAAAGUAAAUUUGAUACAGAAAGAGCUAAAAGAUUAUCAGAAGUUUCAUUAAGAAUUAUUUUGGUCACAUUUACAUUUGUUCUUGCGGCUAUUAUACCAAAUUUGGCACAAAUUAUUUCAUUAGUUGGAGCAGUAAGCAGUUCAACGCUGGCGUUGAUUGCACCACCAAUAAUUGAAAUCGUUACAUUUUGGAAUGUUGGAUUCGGUAAAUAUUAUUGGAAGCUGUGGAAAGAUGUUACAAUACUAAUGUUUGGACUUGCCGGUUUCAUAUUUGGAACAUAUGCAAGUUUAGCACAAAUUUUAGAUCCAAACCUUGAUUAAUCAUUAAGUCUCAAAUUAUGUUUAAAAAAUUUACAUUAUUCGUAAAUGUUUUCUUUUUUUUUAUUUGCAUUUGUUUAAAAAAUUAUUUUUUUUAACUUUUUUUUGUUUUCAUAAAAAGUGUUGAAAAAGAAAAAAUACAAAAAACAAAAAGAAAUCAGGCGUACAAUGUUUUUUAAGGUUAGAUUAACAUGUACAAAAAAUUAAAAAUAUAUUGGAUGAAAUCUUUAUAUUUGAGUAAAAUAUGUUUUUGAAAUUUGAACAGUAAUGUAAUAAGGAUUUUAAUAUAUAUGAAAUGUACAUAUUUAGUAAUCAAUAAUUAAUAUUUAGUUAAAAUAUCGCGUUACAUAUAUGUUACCAAAUCAAUAUAUGUUACAAAAUUAUUUUCAUGUUAGAAUUUCAAUUUGCUUGUUAUCAAUAUUUAAUUAAAUUGUUACAAUAGUAACAAUAUUUAAUUAUUUAUUUCUAAAAUAAACAGUUUAAUAUAAAAUCAGA